UUAAACUAACAUUAUUUUGUUCAAUGCAGACGAAAAACUUUAAGUCAAUUGUAUUUACUAAUGUUUGAAAAAACAUGUGGAGAAUAUAAAGUGAAUAUUGUAUAAAUUUUUGUUUUACGUAUUUUAGUCCCAAAAGCAUAUAUUAGUUUAAACGGAAAAUAAUUAAAAAAUAUUUUCUUUGUGUUAAUGAACUGUAUUGAGAAAGUUUUUAUAAGUUAAAACAAAUUUUCAACAUUGUAGGCGGUAUAAACUUAUAAAGAAGUUGACAGCAUAUAAAGCCUAUAGCAGUGAAUAAUUAUUUUCUAAAUUAUUUCAUUGAAGAUGUCUAAAACAUUGUUAAAAGCUUUAAAUACAGAAAAUGGAGGUCGAUUUAAUUUGUCAAGAGGGUCAUCAUUUACUGAACAUGAAAUAACAUUUAUGAAAGAAGAUUUGGUUUCUGAAGACACUUAUGUUCUUGCUGUUUGCGGUACUCAAAGCGAUUCUGAAAUCUGCAUAGGAACUGCCCUUUCUGAUCAUUCAUGUGUCAUAUACUCAUUAACUGAUGACACUUUAGACAAAUACGAAACUUUAACACAUAAUAGUGCAUCCAUUGUGGGCAUAAAAUUUAGUCCUACUUCUCGAAACAUAAUUUACACUGCUACCGCAGACGGAUAUAUUAGAAUGUUCGACUUAAGAACAAAGGGAAAAUUAGGACUUGAAAUUAAAGAUGACGUAAAAGGAGCUAAGCCAAAACCUAUAGCAAGUUUUGAUAUUAGUUGUGAUGAAAGACUUUUAGCAGGUGGCACUGAACUUAUUAAUGGAGAUGCAUUUAUUCUCUUUUGGGACAUAAGAUACAGUAAAUCCAAGAAACAAAAUAAAAACAACCUUCUAGGUGGUUAUUGGGAAUCUCAUACAGACGAUAUAACAAGCUUAUCGUUUAAUUGUAGCAAACGAGACGUAUUGGCGUCGGGAAGUACUGAUGGCUUGAUUAAUAUUUUUGAUUUAACGCAAUCGUGUGAAGAUUCUGCAUUAAUCCAUUCGUUGAAUACUGAAUCAUCUGUGGAUCGAUUAGGAUGGCUCAAUACUAAAAGUUUGUGGUGUACAACACAUACCUUCUCAUUACAAUUUUGGAAUAGCGACGGUGCAACUCCAUAUGCAAAUUUUGAUCGAAGCCAACUUGCUGCCUUACAAAAUGAUGGUGACCUAAAGAAUACUGCUGCAGAUAAUUGUUGUCCAGUGCGAGUUCAUACAAACACACAUAGACAUCCAAUGCUACUUUUAGGAUCAAAUAGCAGCAAAGGAGAAAACUUGAAAUGUUUGGGUGUUUCUGGUGACAAUUUCAACGUAUGCUACAAUCUUCUUGGAAACAAGCAAAUCGUUCGUGACAGUUUUUUCCAUGAGAAGAGUGGUUGCUUAAUAACCGGAGGAGAAGCAGGUAUCCUAAAUGUAUGGAAACCAAUGGAUUUAAAUGAUUUUCACAAUGGUACAUUAGAUGAGCUACAUUUAAAAGCUAGUAGCACCAGAAAUCAUGCCAAACAACAUAGAUCCAAACCUUAUUGAUCGAAAUAAGAUUAAAUAUUUUAACAUCAUUAUAACAAAAUAUACUAUUUAAAAGAUAAAUUAAGUUUGUUAUUUAAUAACAUUAAAGAGAUUGUAUAAUUGUAGUUAAAUUUUUCC